AUGGCCGACAUCACUGAUCAACACGACCAAUCCGCCGCUGGCGACCUCGAUGACUCCCACACCGUCGGCAACGGCAAUGGCGCCGAGAACCGUGGUGUGAAGCGUCCGCGCAACAGCAUCGCCGACGACGAUGACGACGAUGACGAGAAGGGUGGCCGCGAGCGUCGCAAGAUCGAGAUCAAGUUCAUCACAGACAAGUCGCGUCGUCACAUCACCUUCUCGAAGCGAAAGGCGGGUAUCAUGAAGAAGGCCUAUGAAUUGUCUGUUUUGACUGGCACUCAAGUUCUCCUGCUUGUCGUAUCAGAGACAGGUCUAGUGUACACCUUCACUACUCCCAAGCUCCAGCCUCUGGUGACCAAGGCCGAGGGAAAGAAUCUUAUUCAGGCUUGUUUGAACGCGCCCGAGCCCUCGCAAAAUGGGGACGUCGAUGACUCGAAUCAGGUGGACUCUCCCGAGGAGCCCUCAAACGCACAUCUACCACCCCAAUCGAGUCGGCCUGGUGUUCCGCAAUCGCAUAUGCCCGGCGGUUAUAUGCCCAAUGUCCCGAUGGACCCUCAACAGGCGAUGGCUUACCAGAGCUAUGUUCAGCAGCGUGGUGCGCAAUAUGCUAUGCCGCCGCAGCAGGGCAUGCCCUCUCACGCCUCGCACCAGUAG